CCGGCUUUCGACUGUCAGGUUUGUCAUUUAAUUAAUUUAAAAUCUAAUUCAUAUCGCAAAUAUGCUUAUGCUAGUCUAAGUCUACUGUCUAGUGUGAUAGGAAUACGGUAUUUAUAAAAAGGAUAAAUAUCACUCUUAAAACUUUGUUGCUUGGAAAUAAACGAUAAUUAUUCUUGUAUUAUAGUAUAAUAAAUAACUAAGGAUGAAGACCGCCUUAAUGGUGGCAGAAAAGCCAUCUUUAGCUCAGAGUUUGGCCAAUAUACUUAGCAAUGGAAAAUGCAUCACCAAUAAAGGUUCCAAUACAGCUUGUUCUGUUCAUGAAUGGAGCGGUUUAUUUAAAAAUGAAUCGGUAAAAUUCAAGAUGACAUCUGUGUGUGGGCAUGUAAUGAGUUUAGAUUUUACUGGGAAAUUUAAUAAUUGGGACAAAGUCGACCCCAUUGAGCUGUUUAACUGCCCUACUGAAAAGAAGGAGGCAAUGCCAAGACUCCGCAUGCCUGCCUUUCUAGCGCAGGAAGGCAGGGGAUGUGAUUAUCUUAUACUGUGGUUGGAUUGUGACAAAGAAGGAGAAAACAUAUGUUUUGAGGUGAUGACUUGUGUUGCUCCCUAUAUGAAAGGUGAUGUUUAUUCACCUCUAGUGACAUAUCGUGCAAAAUUCUCUGCUAUUACUGAUAAAGACAUAAAAGCAGCAAUGUUAAAUCUUGUUAGACCAAAUGAAAAUGAAUCAAGAAGUGUUGAUGCUAGACAGGAAUUGGAUUUGAGAAUUGGCUGCGCCUUUACAAGGUUUCAAACUAAAUAUUUCCAAGGCCGUUAUGGUGAUUUGGAUUCGUCCCUUAUUUCCUAUGGUCCAUGUCAGACACCAACCCUUGGAUUCUGUGUUCAGCGUCACGAUGAUAUUCAGACCUUUAAACCAGAGUCAUACUGGGUUUUACGAGUGACAGCUUCUACAACUGAGGGUCGAGAACUCCCAUUAGAGUGGAAGAGAGUACGUGUUUUUGAAAAGGAUAUUGCUAAUAUGUUCCUGGCAAGCAUUAAAGAGAUAAAAGAAGCUUUAGUUGUGAAUAUCCAAGCAAAAGAGAAAAUAAAAGCUCGGCCAGUGGCUCUAAACACUGUGGAGCUGAUGAGAGUGGCCAGUGCCGGAUUGGGUAUUGGACCACAUAAUGCUAUGCAGGUGGCAGAGCGUCUUUACACACAAGGUUAUAUCUCAUAUCCCCGUACUGAGACGACAAGCUAUCCGGAAAACUUUGAUUUAAUGGGUGCUCUCCGCCUGCAACAGAAUUCAAACAAGUGGGGGGCGGACGUACGAGCGUUGAUAGCGAAUGGUAUCAACAAACCCAAGAAAGGGAAAGAUGUUGGAGACCAUCCUCCGAUCACACCAAUGAAACUGGCUUCUGACUCGGAGUUAGACGGCGAUAUGUGGCGUAUAUACGACUACGUGACGCGACACUUUAUAGCGACUUUAUCGCGCGACUGUCGUUUCUUGUCCACGGUUAUCACCUUCGAAGUGGGAACGGAGACAUUUUCGUACACGGGCAACACUUUGGUCGAUCCGGGAUACACGGAGAUUAUGCAUUGGCAGGCGUUCGGUAAAGAUGAAUUCGUGCCUACCCUCAAUGUGGGAGAUGAGUUACGUGCCCACGAACACAGAUUGGUCGAAUGCCAGACUUCACCGCCGGACUAUCUGACUGAAGCUGAGUUAAUCACAUUAAUGGAAAAACACGGUAUUGGAACGGACGCAUCAAUCCCGGUACAUAUAAAUAAUAUUUGCCAAAGGAAUUACGUCAAUGUGGGCAGUGGACGGCGAUUGGUCCCAACUAGUUUGGGCGUGGUUUUGGUGCAUGGCUAUCAGAAGAUUGACCCACAACUCGUUCUACCAACUAUGCGUUCCGCGGUCGAAGAACAGCUAAACCUCAUUGCCGUCGGACGAGCGGAUUUCCACGCCGUACUUUCCCAUACGACUGAGAUAUUUAGAAGGAAAUUCCAGUAUUUCGUGAGAAGUAUGGAAUCUAUGGACCAGCUGUUCGAAGUCAGCUUCUCCUCGUUGAAAACUAGUGGAAAGGCGCUGUCGAGAUGCGGCAAAUGUCGCCGUUAUAUGAGAUAUAUUCAGGCCAAACCAAUCCGUCUUCAUUGUUCGCACUGCGACGACACGUAUACGUUGCCUCAAACGGGCAGUGUACGUAUUUACCGCGAGCUCAAAUGUCCCUUGGAUGAGUUCGAGUUGCUCUCGUGGUCUUCGGGCUCGAAGGGCAAGAGCUUCCCGCUUUGCCCCUACUGCUAUAACCAUCCGCCAUUUAGGGACAUGAAGAAAGGCUUUGGCUGCAACUCGUGUACGCACCCAACGUGCUCGUACGGCGUCAACUCCACGGGCGUGUCCGGAUGUAUCGAUUGUGAUGGAGUUCUUGUCCUGGACCCGUCUUCGCCGAGAUGGAAGCUCACUUGUAACCGAUGCGACGUAAUAAUAAACGUGUUCGACGACGCGUCGCGCGUGACCGUGAGCGACCAGCAAUGCCCGGAUUGUGGGGCUCAACAGGUCACGGUGGAAUAUCGGCCCGAGAGGACAAAACUGCCAGCAGCUCUCACCGAGAUGACGGCCUGCCUUUACUGCGAACCCACUUUCACUGCAUUGGUGGAAAAGCAUCGCGCAGUGACACAGCGAGGGGGCGGGGCACGUGGGCGUGGCCGACAACGUAACAAUAAACAUCGGAACAAACAGCCCAAGGACAAGAUGGCGCAACUCGCCGCUUACUUCGUUUGAAUUGUAAGCUCAAGCUACCACCCUUUAUAAACUAUAACCCUUAAAAAUCUGUUAAUUACUCUCUUUAGUCUCUUUCCAUCACAUCGAAAGCAGAUUUGAUAGAACGAGACGGAAGAGUAGUUUAGUUUUGAGUCCAAGUAGAUUGACUUAUUAAUCUAUAUUAGCCAAUAUAGAUACAAGCCGUUGCUAUAUCCGUGGAACUUUAUCUGUAUGUUGUUAACUAUCAUAUCCUGUAUAUGUCCAAUAAAUGUCCACGGCAAGCUAAAGUUUUGUGAUGGUAGUGGUUAAUCCCAGAGAGUUUUUGGUAAUUUAGUCCGAAUUCCAAAGUUGUAUUUUAUACUUAAUUUUUUCAAUUUUAUGGGCGAGCCACUAACCUGAUUUUGGUGGUUGAAUUUUCUUUGAACAUCCUGUAUACAAUCAAAUUCUGUUAUAAAGACAUCGAAACCGAUGACGUUGUUAUUAAGUACCUAAUACAUGGAAUUCAGCCGGAACCUUUGAUUUUGUUCAAUAUAACCAAUAUAAAUAUAUAUGUUGUACUUUAUGAUCUGUGAAAUUAAUGAACUUCUUAACAGUAUCUUAACAUAUGUAUAAGGUUAUUUAUAUUCAUUUACUUAAUAAAUGUGUUU